AACUUCAUCAAGUACAGGCUAUUCUCAACCAUCCGGUAUUGAAAUACAAAGAAAUACAUGCAGUCAGAUGGCUUUCUUGCUAUGAGGCGGUCGAAGCGCUAUACAGAACUAUUGAUCCAUUGUUGUCAUAUCUGCAUCAGAGGGUUGCUGCCAAAGAUCCUAAAUCAAAGGGGCUUCUUAAAAAAAUGGCUUCCACACAAUUUGUGUACAUAACAUACUUAAUGAUGGAUGUCUUACCUAUAGUCAUGAAGCUGUGUUUGAAAUACCAGGAAAAGAGCCUAGACAUUGGACAGGCAAAGGUUGCCUUGAAUGGUUGUGUAGGAGACUUAACAGCUUUGAUGGAAGGCAGGCAGUUGUACAGCACUCACAUAGAGAAGUACUCCAGUGAUGUAGUCCAGGUUGAUGGGCGCUUUGAAUACAAGGGACAUUUGUUGACCAAUUCUACAUUAAACCUAGAUGGCAUAAAAAAGAAAUUUCUGGACUCUCUUCUGAAUAAUAUUAAUAAAAGGUUUCCACAAAAGCAACUACUUGAUGCCUUCUUUGUGUUGUGUUUGAGAACUAUUAAUGUUGACAGUGAUCCCAACUUUGGAGACUCUGAGAUUGAACUUUUAUUAAAUCAUUUUGGUGAAGAAAAGACUUAUGGUGAUGUGACAUCUCCAGCACUUCUUAACAAAGAUAUAGUUCGAAAGGAAUGGCGUCUGGUGAAGGAAAUUGUGCGGUCCCUUAAGUAUCCUGUUGAUAGUUUCAAGGUUCUUUGGCGUCUCCUGACAGAAAGUCAUGCUAAAGAAGUACCUAACAUGAUUAAGCUGGCUCAGUUUGCAGCUGUUCUUCCUCUACAUACAGCUGACUGUGAGAGAGUCUUUUCACAGCAGAACAAAAUCAUAACUAAACACAGAUGCAAGCUGUCUGCUGACAACCUGGAUAAACUUCUGAAAAUCCGCCUUGCUACUGAAGAAUUAAACUUCCAGGAAGUCUUACGGCUGUGGAAACAGAACAAAAACAGGCGCAUAUUCAAAAAGUGAAAGUCAAAUCUAAUCAGUUGAGAGAAAAUACAACAGAUACAUAUAUAAAA